CACGCCGCGGCGGGGGCAGCGGCGGCGGCGGCAUGGCGGCGGCGCAGAGGACCGCGGCCCCGCCGGAGCGGGCAGCUCAUCACUAAACUUCAAGAUUAACAGCUCCAUCUUUAACCUUUUCUUCAAGUCCAAGCAGUUGUUACUUCCAAGUAUUCCUGCUAAAUAACUCUAUCGGCUCCGUGCUGAAUAGCACAUCCUGCCAUAUACACCUGUCUUCUGGAAGUUGGUUUGUUGAAUCAGUUUUCUACCCUUUUCCACCUGUGGCCCCCCAAUAACUCCAGCUUACCCUCUGCCCCUACAACGUCCCUGCUGGGCAGCAGUCCGCACAUGCUGUGGCUGCCCUGGAGCCUUGCGUGCACAAACUGGCUGGUCAGCUGCUGGUGAAUGGUGUACGUGAGGGACAGCAGAGUCCUCGUCUCACCUCUGCGCCUCUUUCUUUACCUAGAGGACAAUUUGUCACAGAACUUUCAGGAGUUUCCCAGGUCCAGAUACAGAGUGUAUUUUGGAGCCUCUCUCUCUGCCAGAAAGUCCAGGCGGUGUUGCUGCUGUUGAAAGUUCCCCCUAUGUGCCUUGCAUUCUCUGCAGAGAAUGCUAUCUCUUAGCAGAACAAAACCAACUCCUGAAGCACAUGAUUACUGAACACAAGCUUGUCAUAGCAGAUGUGAAACUGGUUGCAGAUUUUCAAAGAUACAUCUUGUAUUGGAAGAAGAGGUUCACAGAGCAGCCCAUCACAGAUUUUUGUAGUGUGAUAAGAACAAAUUCGGAAGCUCCAUUAGAAGACCAGGACAAUUAUUUUCUUCUAUGUGAUGUUUUACCAGAAGACAGAUUACUUAGAGAACAACUUCAGCAAAAGAGACUGAGAGAAAUUCUAGAACAGCAACAGCAAGAGAGAUAUGACACAAGUUUUCAUAGCAUGUGUAUGUUUUGUGAUCAAGAAUUCACAGGAAAUAGAUCUGUCCUUCUCAAUCAUAUGGCAAGAGAGCAUGCUUUUAACAUUGGGCUGCCAGAUAACAUUGUGAAUUGCUAUGAAUUUUUAGCUGUAUUGCAGAAUAAGCUUGACAAUUUGCAGUGUUUAUACUGUGAAAAAGUCUUCAGAGACAAAAACGUACUUAAAGAUCACAUGAGAAAGAAGCAGCAUCGCAGAAUCAAUGCUAAAAACAAAGAAUAUGACAGAUUUUAUAUCAUUAAUUACUUGGAAUUUGGAAAGUCCUGGGAGGAGGUACAGUCAGAGGAUGAUCGGGAACUGCUAGAUAACCUAGAAGAAGACUGGUCUGACUGGGAAGAGCAUCCCAUGUGUGCAGUUUGCCUGUUCUGUGAACAACAAGCAGACACCACAGAAAAACUGUAUUUUCACAUGCAGAAAUCACAUGGAUUUGACUUUCUUAAAAUAAAGUCAGAGCAUGGGCUGAAUUUUUAUCAGCAAGUAAAACUAGUGAAUUUCAUCAGAAGAGAAAUCCAUCAUUGUCGUUGUUACAAUUGCCAGGAGAAAUUUCAAUCUAAAAUAGAAUUGAUAAGUCAUAUGGAGGAGACCAAACAUGUUACAUUCCUGCCAGCCAGAUCUACAUGGGAUCAACCACAGUAUUAUUUUCCAACCUAUGAAAAUGAUACACUCCUGUGCACACUGUCAGACAGUGAAGAUCUGACAGCUGAGGAUAGUAAUGAAGAUGUCCCUGUUGUAAGUGAAGAUACAUCUAAUCUAAAAGCUCUUAAACAGAGCAGUGUUUUAAAUAAGCUCCUGUAUAAAGAGAAAAAAAGUCAGUAGAAAUUUUGACCUUGAAUUACAGUCACUGGCUUUUGAGUGUUUCACCUCCAAGACAAAAAAAUACAUUCUUUUACAAAAAUAUGAGUAUGGUUUAACUCAUAAAUGUUAUGACUGGGCAAAUAGUAUGUGAAUGGGAACGCUAAAUAAAAAUCACAUGUAAACAC